AUGGGAGACCCAUACUCUGCCGAGCUCAUGAGAAAAAGGAGAAUAGUCAACUACUGCCCGGUGUAUGUUUCUGCAGAGUUCAACAAACUGAAUCUUAGUUACAGCGUUUCGUCGGUGAAACUCAGUGUGUUGGUUGACAUCGUCUACGAAUCGCCAUCCAUGGAGUUGGCCAACUGCUGCAACACGACCAAGAUCAUCCCAUGUUCAAAGAACACUACACGUAUCAACAACAAGAUCAAACUGGAAGUGGUCUUCCCUCAGCUUGGGGGCGAAAGUGGUAAACUUUACAGCUUUCUCAUGCUUGACAUCACUGACGAGCUGGCCGACUCUGUCACGAAAAAUGUGCGUGUGCAGUGGCAAAUCAUCAACAUUAGGGAUGGUACACUGGACUCAGGCCUUGAGACUGUGCAGUACGUAGCACCCGACCCAAUGUCCAAGACGACCAGCCACACCUUCCUCUUCCUGCUGCUUCGACAAAGCGGACCCAUCGACUCCACCGCUCUGGCGUCCGCUGACAGCAGCGUCCCUUGUAAACCGACGCCAUCUAGGUGCAACUUCAAUCUGACCAAGUUCAUCGUCACCUUGAAUCUGGUGAUAGAGGGCGCUAGUUGGUUCAGCUCGUCGCUAGACGAGGACUACGAGCUGAAGAUGGCUAAUGACGGGGUCAUGAGGACUAUGGAGAAAGUUUGCGCCGACGUGGCUUGUACUCCCACUGAUCCAGACAUGCCGGAUACUACAUCCAUGCCCGCCAACUGCCCCACUAGUUACGCCACCGACAACCGCCCGUCAGCCAUCAUGCUGAUGGUUGUUUUCGCGUUCCUUCGUUGGUUAAUGUAGGCACGAGAACCAUAGAGAGGAAGGUGAGUGAGUGGGUGAGUGAAGGAGUGAGUGAGAGAAGAAUGUAGUGCUCUCAAUACCAGAUGGAUGUCUUCCUAUGGCGAAUGGUUUGAUAAUGAGUAGAAAGCGUAUAUUCCCAGCUCAUCCAUU